UCUGGGCAAGUCACUUCUUGCCCAUUAACUGUCCCCAUCCAGCCCCUCCUGGUGGAAUAGGGUCAGUCCAGGUGCACUUUAAAUUAGUGAUUUGUUUCUUAUGGGCUUGGAGCUAUGUUUAUUUAUUUCUCUCAGCAACCCCAUGAAGUGAGCAAACCAUCUCUACCAAAAAUAGUAAAGCCAGGCUUCGUCGUGGGUGCUGGUCCCAGCGACUUGGGAGGCUGAGGCAAGAAUAUCUAUUGGGUCUAAGAGUUCAAGGUUGCUGUGAGCAAACUCAUGGCACUCUACCCAGGGUGACAGAGUGAGACUGUGUCUCAAAAGAAAAAAGUUUGAUUUCUUCCUCACUGUGGCUCUUUGAGAACUUGCACAAAUGCAUUACUCUCCGCUUCCGUGCCUCAAUCUCCCUGUCCGCGGUUGGGCUGAUUCCAGAAGCGAUGUGCAGCCUCCCAGAUUUGGAUCUUAGAUCCUGGAGCCUAGAGCCGUCUCCCCGGCUCCCCGGAGCUGGAGUCCCUGGGGGCGGGCCGCAGAGUACAGCUGCCUCUCUUGGAUUGGUGGAGCUUCCAUAGGCCCCACCUCCAGGGACCGCCCCCCGUAGUCGCGGGCGGGCCCUGGGGGUUAUGCAAAGAGGCCUCCGCCCCGCCCCGCGUCCGGAUUGGAGGCCUUUGUUUGCCGCUCAACUCCAGGAAACCGCGGGCGCGGCAGCCGCUGGCAGGUCACAGGCAGGAUGGCUGGUGCUGAGCGGAGCUGGAGGUGACCUUUGGGCCUCCAGUGGCAGCUCUGUCUCCUAAAGAUGAAGCGGCCCAGGUGAAGCCCAGGCCACACUCAAUGGCCAGCUCAGGGACUGAGAUCCACUGGACUGAGCCCGGCCUGGGGAAGGGGCCCCAGCGGCGACGCUGGGCCUGGGCCGAGGAGGAGAAGAAUGCAGGUAGAAGUGGCACGCAAGACUGGGAGGAAGAGGAGCCCUCUGCCAAUGCCUCUAGCCCUGAGCUCCUGGAGGACUUUCGCCUGGCCCAGCGGGGCCUACUGCCCCUGGAAUGGGACCCAAACCUGCAGUCUGAGGGACAUCAGGACUCUGAGUCGGGGGAGUCUUCAGGAGAGAUUGAAGCGGAGGAUGUGGACAGCCCAGAAAGUUCCAGCUUGCCUUUCCACUGGCUCCCCCAGCAGGACCGUCACUUGGACAUGACUGAAGAGGAGCGAGAUGGGGUCCUCGGAAGUCCUGAGGUUGAGGAAGCUGGAGAGGGCUCCCCAAAGACAUGUUCUGAGGCCAGUCUCAGCUCAAAGAGUGAUGGGAACACCAGCCCCGUGGCCCUGGGGCAGGGGCAGGCCAGAAGCUGGGUGGUCUCUGACAAACAAGCCGGUGGAAACAAACCUUCAGAACAUUCUGAGGUCAACCCGUUCAUUGAACUCAGCCCCACAAGGUCUUGGAGCAGUGAGACUAUGAUCCUCGGCCACCCUAAUAAUAGCUUUGACUCCACCUGGGAUGGGGAGACAAAUGUCCCCCAGCCCACUGCCCUGGCAGACACCUUGCCACAGAUCCCCAGCCACUUCCUAAACCCAGACGACAGAACUGGAGGCAGCGUUGCUUGGGCAACCCCCACAGAAUUCCAGGACCCCUCAGUAGCCCCAGCCCAGAGCCCCCACCGUGCCACAGACGGAUGGAGGAAAGGACCUCCCAGCCCCUCCUGCCCUCCGGCCGAUGACCAAACCUGGAAGCAGACAAAGACACCACCUAAGCCGCUCCCUUCCCGAUUCACUGGCUCCAUCAGCCCCCUGAAUCCUCAGCCUAGGCCAGUCCAGCAGGACAGGCCAUCACCCAGGCAGGGAGCCACUCUGGCUGGCCGCUCCACUUCUGAUGCCCCCAAGUAUGGCCAAGGGCGGCUGAACUAUCCACUCCCCGAUUUCUCCAAGGUGGGGCCCCGGGUGCGAUUUCCCAAAGAUGAAAGCUACCAUCCCCCCAAGUCCCGUAGUCACAAAAAGCACCCUGAGGGCCCUGCCAGACCCCUUAUCUUCAAGUCACCAGCCGAGAUUGUACAGGAGGUGCUGCUGAGCAGUGGAGAAGCAUCCCUGGUGAAGGAGCCGCCACCUGCCCACCUUGUUACCAGGGUACCCCAAGAGUUCCAGACUCCAGAACAAGCCACUAAGCUGGUCCAUCAGCUCCAGGAAGACUACCACAAGCUCCUCACCAAGUAUGCAGAGGCAGAGAACACCAUCGACCAGCUGCGCCUUGGGGCCAAGGUGAACCUGUACUCAGACCCACCCCGGCCCAGCCACAGCAUCCGCACAGGAACAGUGCCCCAGGGGACCAAGGUCUUGUCCUUCACCAUCCCACAGCCCUGCUCAGUGGAGUGGCGGCCGGGCCCCACGGAGGAUGCCCAGGCUUCUGAGGCCUCAGGGUGGCUGUUGACUGCAGGAGACCUGAGCCCCUCCUCACCUACCACUGUGCCCAUCCCAAGGCAGCUCCUGGAGAACCGAGGCAAUGCCCAGGACCAGCCCUCAGCAGAGCGGACUCAGGCACUGGCUUCUCAGGCCAGCCAGUUCCUGGCCAAGGUGGAAUCCUUUGAAAGACUGAUAAGGGCAGGAUGGCUCACAGCCUGGGACCAACUCAAGAGACGGGGUCAGUGGCUGAGCACUCAGGCCUCCCUGGUCUGGUUUCAGGGUUUUCAGCAGCUGAAAGAUGCCCAUGCGGCCUUGGAGGAAGAGUAUCUGAAGGCCUCCAGGGAGCAGCAGCCUUCCAGCUCUGAGGGGACAUCUGGCGAAUUUGAUCCUAGCAGGGAGCUGGAGGCGGAGAUAUACCACCUGGGAAUUUGCCUGGAAGAGCUGAAAGACCACAUGAACCAGACCCAGCAAGAGUCUGAGCCAUCCAGGUCAGACCCAGCUCUGGACAGCUCCUCAGCCAUACCCCUCCCCCACCAGCCAACACACCUGCCUGCUCCCUCGGAACAAGCCCCCACACCAGCCUUCAAGACCCUCUACCCUGAGCCUGAUGCUGCCACCACUGGCUCCUGCUCAUUGAACAUGAAGGUGAGCUCUGGCAGCAGUGAGGUAGAGGACAGGCCUCAGGACCGCCCGACCCCGCACAGGCACAAGGAACUGCACAUGGAGCAAGAUUUCUCCGGCCUCCUGGAGCAGUACCUCAGUGUGAAGUCUCUCCCAGAAGCCAUGAGGAUGGAGGAGGAAGUCGAGGAGGGAGAAGAGGAGGAAGGGGAGGAGGAAGGCCACAGCCUGGAAGUUGAUGGGCUGUCUCUGGCUCCAGAAAAAGCAGAGGCCACCAGGGCUCCCCGCAGGCAGCACCCGGCACAGGCUAAGAAAAGUCACAGUGCCUCCCUUGAGGAGGCCAUGGAGCAGAUGGUACCUGUGGAGCCACCAGGCUUGCAGACAUCUCAAGCCAGGGACAGGCAUAUGCUGGGCCCACACAAGGCCAAGGCAGCUCCCCCAGGCCCUGACACACUACCCCACCCUCUGAGCAGCAAGUCCAUAGCAUCCCACCAGAGCAGUAUGACCAGCCUGGAGGGAAGCGGCAUCUCUGAGCACCUUCCACAGAAGUCUCUGCACCCAGCUGGCAGACCCCACCUGGAGGAGACCUGGAUGGCAUCCCCAGAGACAGACAGUGGCUUUGUGGGCUCAGAAACCAGCAGAAUAUCACCUGUUACUCGGACCCCAGAGCACCGGAUCUCACACAUCAGCAGCCCAGGAACAUUAACACAGCCCCUCACUGCGACUGUGCCGUUGCAUGGAGCUUCCCACCCCAAGGCCAGGGGUUCUCCAGUCCCCAGAAGAGCCGCUGAGCCCAGCACAUCUAGGAGCAGAGACCAGAGGCACCUCUCCAGCCCAGGCAGGCUUCUCCAGCAGAGGGCACCCAGCUUCCGCCAGGAACAGGCCUUGGCGGCCGGGAUCACAGUCCCUGGCUCAGAAUUCAAGGGACGAAAUCAGAUUUCUGAACAAGUGCCCCGCAGGACAGUCAACUUACCCCCCACCCAGGCCCCAACAGCUGUUCCUGUGCCCCGUGGACCAGCCGAGACCACCCCUGACCUCCUCCUCACCAGGGCAGGGCGAGACCAGGCCAUCCGUGAGCUGCAAGAAGAGGUGUCCCGGCUCCGUGUGCGGCUGGAGGACAGCCUGCACCGGCCACACCAGCGCAGUUCUGCACACCCAGCAUCUGCCGUUGACUGCCCCACCCAGACCCGGGACCAGCCAGCAGAUUCCUUAACCUCCUGGAGCUCCCACUAUGGCAGUAAAUCCACAGAAAGAUCGUCUGGUGAGCUGAGAGGUGAAGAACAGACUGUCUCCUCAGGAAGGCAGCGACCCAGGUCCUCCUCAGUGCCUCGGGAGGUGCCCCGACUACCCCUGAGUUCAGAAUGUGAGCCACCCUCCCCCCGACUGUUCUCUGAGAAGAGCAGGACCAGCAAGGACAGUCCUCGGGCAGCUCGGGAUGGAAAGAGUUGGGUGGGCAGCACCGGACGUCCAGAUAGAGUCACCUUCCGGGGCCAGUACACAGGCCAGGAGUACCAUCUUCCAUCCCCUAAGACUGUCCCAAAAAGCAAUAGCACAGUCUCCUGUCCCCACUGCCAGCCAGUUCAGACCCAGGAUGCAGUUGGUGCUGCUGCCAGGGACCUGCUGGAACCAGCUCCCGCUGCUGCCGUUCGCUGUCCCCUGUGUGGUCGAACUGGACCCACCCAAGAGGGAGAUGGCACAAGCCCUGCCACCUCUGGUACAGAGAAGGCAGCCACAAGGAGAAAUGCACCUGCAACUUCCAGCCUCAAGCAGAGGAGCAAGCAGGCAGGGUCGCCGCCCUGGCCACCCCCUGGGCUGUGGUACUUGGCAGCCGCACCCUCAUCACCAGCCCCUCCGGCCUUUGCCUACGUCUCCUCGGUUCCCGUCAUGCCUUACCCACCAGCCACUGUGUACUACGCAGCCACAGGACCUACCUCAGCCCCCUCAGCUUCAUCCCGGCCAGCCCGAGGACACCGGCGCUCCAUCCAACUUGACCUGGAUGACCUGGAGGACCUCAACAGGGCCCUGAGCCAGGCCGUCCAGGCUGCUGAGAGCGUCCGCUCUGCCACCAAGCAGAUGAGCCGCUCACUGUCUGCCGACCUGCGCCAGGCUCGCAGCCUACGGGGUUCCUGUCUCUUCUGACUCACUGGAGGCCCAGGGACAGAUGGCUGGGCAGAGGGCCAGGAGAUGGCUGGAGCCACUGAGGCCCAGAAGGCUGCAUUGUUCCUCACCAGGGGUGUCUCCCUCCAUCACAGGCCUGGCCUGCUCAGUCCCACUGUCUGAGUGGAGCCGGUGUCGGCUGGUCAUCAAAGUGACUUGCCAGAGCCAUAAGCCCCCUGGUGGAGACACUGGUACCAAGGCUACCCUCAGCCCAGAUGGCCCCUCUGGCAGUCUCAUCUAGUCCUGUUCUUAUUCCCCUCAGCUAAUAAUAGGUAUUUUAUACAGAUGGACAUAUUUGUUUUAAAAUGGGGAAUUUUCCUGAUCUUGGACCCUCCAUAGGAGGCCAGAUAAGAAAGGAAAGGUCUAGAGUUUGGGAGCUAACUGUCCCUCACGUGGGACAGCCACUCUGGAGCAGGCAUCUCUGGAAAGGGCGUGGCUAAAGACCUUUCUCCUAGUGACUGGUGGUAUUUUAGUGGGGCAUUUUAGGAUGUCAGGGUCCCAAUGUGGCACACCUGGCUUCUCCACGAUGGCAGAGGCCUUUCCUGCAGGCCUACUGGGAUGGGGACAGGCUGGAGAGGGCCCUUUCAGUACCUCAACCCAAGGCCCUGGGCCCCCCUACCUCCAGAUCUAAGUGGCAUUGCUAGUGGCCAGCUACCUGCCAGGCACAAUCUGCAGCCGUGAGGCCAGGCUGCCUCCUGCUCCCCACCCCGUUGCAGCACGUACCUCAGCAUUUCUGGAAUGUGUGUGCACCAAUGAUAUUUGUAUAUUUGAGGCAUUUAAAAAUCUAUUUUCGUUACAAGAACAAAUGAAGAAUGAAUGUUGAUCUUUUUUAAAAAAGGAGGCAAAAAGAAAAAAAUA